AUGUCUUACACCGUUCGCAAGAUCGGCCAGGCCAACACCCUGGAGCACCGUGUCUACAUUGAGAAGGAUGGCGUCCCGGUUUCGCCCUUCCACGACAUUCCCCUCUACGCCAACCCUGAGCAGACAAUCCUCAACAUGGUUGUUGAGAUUCCCCGCUGGACCAACGCCAAGCAAGAGAUCUCCAAGGAGGAGUUCCUGAACCCCAUUAAGCAGGAUGUCAAGAAGGGAAAGCUCCGUUUCGUCCGUAACUGCUUCCCCCACAAGGGUUACCUCUGGAACUACGGUGCCUUCCCCCAGACUUGGGAGGACCCCAACGUUGUUCACCCCGAGACCAAGGCCAAGGGUGACAACGACCCGCUCGAUGUCAAGCAGGUCAAGGUCCUUGGUGUGAUGGCUCUGCUCGACGAGGAGGAGACCGACUGGAAGGUCAUCGUCAUUGAUAUCAACGACCCUCUUGCCCCUAAGCUCAAUGACAUUGAGGAUGUUGAGCGUCACCUUCCUGGCCUUCUCCGUGCUACGAAUGAAUGGUUCCGUAUCUACAAGAUCCCCGACGGAAAGCCCGAGAACCAGUUUGCCUUCUCUGGCGAGUGCAAGAACAAGAAGUACGCUCUCGAUGUUAUUCGCGAGUGCGCUGACGCUUGGGAGAAGCUCAUCACCGGCAAGAGCCCUCGUGGCGAUAUCAGCCUUGCCAACACUUCUGUUGAGAACUCCCCUGACCGCGCCGACCCCUCCCAGCUUGCCAGCAUCCCCAAGGGCGAGAACCUCCCUCCCGCCCCCAUUGACGGCAGCAUUGACAAGUGGUUCUUCAUCUCUGGUGCUGCUGUUUAA